AUGCGUAAGCCGGCCAAGAAGAAGAAGUCCGACCACACCGGGACGGCGCCGACGUCCCCGAAGCCGAAGCGUGCGGUGCCGGCCAAGGCCGAAGAGGCAAAAGUGAAGUCGGAACAAAACGACAAACCGGGCCUAAUUCACCGUGCCGUGGGCCCGUUUAAGAGACUUGUCCGCCGUUUCAAGAAGACAAAGGACGCCAACCCGCCCGUCAUGCCGCCCAACCAAGUGAAGCCGAAGACGCUUAGUGCUUGCCCCGGCGCCGGCCAAGCCUUCUCGGGCAAGAACGGAAGGACGGAAGAGGCGACGUUCGACGCGAUCCUGGACGGGUCGAGCACCGCCAGCGCCCCGAGUACCCCUACGCCGCCCUCUCCGAAAGUCGUCAUGGGCGUGGCCAAUAUGCCGGUGGCUACGGAGGUGCACUGUAUUUUGUGCGACAAGCCUGGCAUCCCGGUCGAGGGCCGGCUGAUGUGCGCAACGCACACCAUCGCCUAUUACGUUCGACCGAAGAACAUCCUCGAAUGCGAGCAGCGCGAGGGGUGCACCGUGUUCCGCGAGUACGUGAAGCUGACGCCUCCGCAGUGGGUUUCAAUCUCGUUCGGUCUUGCUGUUCAUGAAGCGGCGUUGUUGUCCGCUGUG